GGGGGAUUUGCGCAUAUUCAAGGACUUCUUGCUGCCUAGCUCUUACUGUAUCUAAAGACUGCUGAUCCAUAGUUUCUCACAGGCUUUGACAACACAUUUGCUAGUACUUUUGGGCAACUGUAAGACCUCAAAGGCCAUCAAGCUGAACCCCAUGCUCAAUGCAGGAAUCCAACAUAAAGCAAACUCAACAGGUGGUUAUCCAUCGGCCUCUUAUCUUCAUGUUGGAGAGCCCACCACCUGCCGAGGAGGAGGAUCCAAUCAGAAGUAGCUGAAAUGCAGAGACGGACCGUGAUGAGCAAUUCUACCCUGGAAUUGCUGUUUUCUUUGGAUGCUGCAGGGGAAGACUAUGAAACACACAAUGAAACUGGCUUCCCAAAUACAAUCUAUUUUUGUUUUUAUUUAAAUGAUAUAGGAGUUAUUUUCACUGCCUUUAUUUCAGUUAUUAGCCUUUUUGGACUUAUGGGGAAUGGAACUGUCAUCUGGUUUCUUGGAUUUCGCAUGAAAAGGAAUCCUUUCACCUUCAUCCUGAAUUUGGCUGUCUCUGACCUUGGGGUCCUCAUAUUUACAAUUCUUUUGAGAAUAAUAAUAUGUGAAUCUGUGCAUUUUUCUCAUUCUGUUUAUUGGUUAGGGCUGUUCUGUCUCCAUGUUUUUUUCUUCAUGUACUUCACUGGUCAAUAUCUGUUGACAGCCAUCAGCAUUGACAGGUGUGUUUCUGUCCUCUUCCCAAUUUGGCAUCAAUGCCACCGCCCAUCAGGUUUGUCCACCGUUGUGUGUGCCAUAAUAUGGAUCUUUUGUUUCCUGCUCUGUCUAAUUUAUUUCACUCUUGAAAUUAUGCGCAUUGCAGAUAUUGUAGUGUUUCAGUUUCUGAUUACUGGCGGGGUUUGCUUCCCCCUCAUGACUAUCUCCACUCUAGUCCUGUUCAUCAAAGUUUGCUUUAGAUCACAACAGAGAAGGCAGGGAAAGGUUUUAAGAGCCAUUCUGCUUGCACUCCUCUUCUUCGCUCUCCCAUUCAAUUUCAUGUAUUUAUUCGGCAGAGAUUCAUUUUUUCUUAAUGUUGGUUUCGUAUGCAGCUGUUUAAACAGCAGUGUCAACCAGCUAAUUAAUUUCCUGGUUGGGAGAAAGAAGAAUACUCGAUCUAGGGAGAGCAUGAAGGUCAUCCUGCAGAGACUUUUCAAGGAGGAGAAAGAUUGCUGAGAGGAGCUGGAACUCCAGGCUGGAACCCAGAUAUGAUGCCUUCAAAAAAACAAAAACUCAGAAACCUUAUUUUCCUUUUGGCUCUUUAUGCUAAGAAGAGGCGUACUAUAGAUUCUAUAAGCUUAGGGAGGUACAGAGAUGGAACCUCACUUUCUUUUUUUAACUGCCUUUGAGAGCUGCUUUUAGUUCUUGG